AUUAAAAAAGUGCUUUCACUAGACAGAAUGGCAGAAUUCGACCAACAGCAUGAUGAACCUGCACUCUUCACUAAAGUAACUGUUUAUUCUCUGCUCGCCUGUGUGGCUCAGUUUGCUGUCGGCUUUGCCUUCGCUCAAAAAUGGGGCCAUAAAUGUUCAGCGGUUGACCGGUGGGUCCUCGUGUGGUUAUUUUACGACGCAAUAGUUCAUUUUACUCUGGAAGGACCAUUCGUCUACAUGUCGCUUGUUGGAAAUGUGGCGUCCUCAGACAACCUGCUGGCAGAGUUAUGGAAAGAAUAUGGCAAGGCAGAUGAGCGAUGGCUAUAUUCAGACCCGACUAUCGUUUCUCUAGAGCUUCUGACUGUGGUUUUAGACGGUUCAUUGGCCCUACUUCUGGUCUACGCCAUCAUUAAAGACAAACACUACAGGCACUUUGUUCAGAUCACACUCUGUGUUUGUGAGCUGUAUGGAGGCUGGAUGACCUUCUGUCCAGACUGGCUGAUGGGAAGCCCAAACCUAAACACUAGCAACUGGCUGUACCUGUGGGUCUACCUAGUGUUUUUCAAUGGCAUCUGGGUGCUGGUGCCUGCACUCCUGCUCUGGCAGUCAUGGAAGGAUCUAGAAAGACUCCAUCAGCAUCCCGAGAAGAAGAACAGAUGAUUCAGAGGAGGCCUAAUAAUUAGUAAUCAUCUUUAUAAUUAUUACAUAUUAGUGAUGACUCUAGAAUUGCGGGUCCAAUUUGCAUUUCCAAAAACCAAAACUUUAAUAACACAUUAUAUCAAGUUUUCUGUAAAAAAUGUUUGCGUGCGCAUUUAGGGACCUUUUUUAUCUGGGAAAAUGUUUACUAAAAAUCCUAUUUUUUACCGUCUUGAAUUACACAUUAUGCUAUAAUUAUGAAAUGAGUCUUAAUUUUCUUAUUUACGUGUGUUUAUUCUACUAAGUAAAAUAAACAUUCGCAUGAAACGUC